AUGGAGGAUACUGUUCGGACAGAACUAGAUGAAGUCAAGAAAGAGUUAGAGAAAUUUAGGGCAGAAUGCCGAGUCAAAACUCAAUAUAUAGAAAAUUUGAAGAACGAUCGCGAUGAGCGAUUUCAAGAAAUUAUGAAUCUGGCUGAGAAACGAGCGGGUGAACUCGAUCUCAAGUCGGAGGAGAUUUAUGAACUGAAGAGAAUUAACGAGGAUCUGAAGUCUAGUUUGAAUGAAAAGGAAAAAUAUAUUGUGCAUUUUGGUUUAGAGAAUCGUAAGAUUCAAGAAAGGUUAACUGAGAGGGUUUUGAAAUUGGAGGGGAGUAAUAGUGAGUUGGUUUCAUCUUUGGAUGAGGUUAAUGCUCGAAACAGUUAUUUGGAGCAGAAUGUUUCUGCUAGCAGUGAGGAAAUUUUGUGCCUCAAGUCGUUGUUAUCGGCUACUGAGAAGAAGUAUAUUGAAGCGGAGGAGAGGGCUAUGCGAGCGAAGACGCUGGGAUUGAGAGAGGAUGUGAUAAUGCAGUUGCAGGAACAAAAUGUUUCUGUGAAUGAUAAAAUGAAAUGGAGGAAUGAACAGUUUAAGCAUCUUGAAGAAGCUCAUAAACAGCUUCAAGAUAAGUAUCGAUUGAGCGAGGAGGAGUGGGAAAAGGAGAGGUCUUUGUUGCUUGAUGAGUUAUCUUCCUUGCAAAUCAGUUUGGAUUCUCAGACAAGAGCUUUGGAGGGGGUUCAAUCUCGUUUGGAGAUGUGUAACCAUGCGUUGGCUCGCGAAGAAAGCAAGAGGAAGCUCUUGGAGGCUGAGAUAUCGGAUUUCAAAACUAGCCUUGAGGAUGUUUAUGGUCAGUGUGAAGAAAAGAAGUCUGAGAUACAACAAUUGACUAUUAUGAGGGACCAUGAGGUAGCCGAGCUAAGAAACUCGUUGGGAGAGAAAGAGGCUCUUGUGAAAGAAUUGAAGAGGAAAAUCGUUUACCUUGAACAAGAUAAUCAGGAAUUGGGAGAUUCGCUUAAAGAAUUGAGGGAAGCUCAGAUUCGUUACGCGGGAGGGAAUUCUAUGGCAUCAAAGCUUCGCAACAAGCUGAGAAAGUUGGAGGAUGUUCAUAAAAACUGUUCUUCAACUCUCAAGUCUAGAGAAUCCCAAUGGAAUGAUAAGAUAACAAAGAUGGAGGUUGAUAUUGUUGGUUAUAAAUCUACGUUAAACAAUAAAGAACAAGAAAUUAGGGAGCUUAUGAUGGAAUUGGAAAAAUGUUGCUAUGCCAAUGAAGAGAAUCAUAUUGAACUGUUGAUCUUUAAGUCGGUACUUGCUGAGGGUUACUCCAAUUCAUUCGGUACAGAAACUGAUAAAGUGGUCUGUGUUGAAGUGAAUGAAGAUAUGAUUCUAAACUUUACCGAGCAACUGAGAGUGAAAGAUAAUUCUCUAAAAUCUCUGGCACAACAUCAAUUUCUGUUGGAGGAAGAGCUUCAACAGCAGAAGAAGUUGCUCGAGGAAUCAUCUGCGGGUCAGUUUAUAUUGAAAGAGCAACUCUUGCAGAUGGAAAACACCCUAAAACAUGAGAGAAAAGUUGCAUUUGAGGCUCUAGAAAGGGUGAAACAUGAACUGGCCAGUAAAAAUGACAAACUUUCUCGAUUAAAUUGUGAAGCACAAAACUGGAAAUCUACUGCUGAAACUCUUAAAGUUUUGUAUGAAGAAAUUCAAGGAAGCUGUAAAGAGAUGGAAACUUCUAUUCAGUCACAGAUUGAGAACGAGCAAGCUCUUAAGCAGGAGAACAAAAACCUUCUCUGCAUUGUCAAGGAUCAGGAGAGGGAAACUGAAGAUCUUCACCUGCAGAUAGGUUUACUAGAAUCCUGCAAUGCCGAGAAAACAAAGGAAGUAGAGAGGUGUAAGAAAGAGAAAGAUGAACUUGUUAAAACAGUAACAGAGAAGGAUUGUUGCAUAAAGGAUCUUCAGAAAGAUAUAACCGUUGCGUGCCAGAAGCAAGAGUCCAUGAAAAAACAAUUAGAAGAUGCAGUUCUUGCACAUCUAGAUGCACAAAAAGCCCUUGCGCAGAAGGAAGAUCAUCUUUCGAAGUUUCAAACAUCAUUGAAAGACAUGGAGUUAGAAACUAAAAAGUUGACAAAGGAAAAGGAGGAGAUAGAACAAAUAAUUGCAGAUAUCAAGUUUGAGAAAGGAAAUUUGCUUCAAGACAUCACAAAAUUAUCGACAGAAAGGGAAGACAUUUUGGCACAAACUGAAUACAUCUAUGACAAACUCGGUGAUUUGUUGUCUAUCGAGGGUAUGCAGUUGACAGAAGAACUAAGAAAUAUGUUGCAUACUUCUAUAGCUGAUGGAAAUGAAACGGCAAUGGAUUCAGUAGUUUGUGAUAAGCUACAUGGUUGUGCUCAAGAUAGCACAAAUAAACAAAUUGAAGAAAAUUUCGACGCGCGAUUGCCAUUGAGAGAAGUUAACAGUUUGCAUAUAUAA